CUCAUUCGAGUCCAGAGUACAGGUAACCUGCUAUGCGUGUCUACCUUAAACUCCGACACAUGAAGACCUCUAGUGCCUACCCGAACAUGGGCUAAGAAUCGGCUGGCCCAGGAGCAAAGGAUACUGUUCAUCUGGCGACGGACGCAUUGUUGGUUCUUGUCCUCUUUCAGCUUUCAUUCUGGCAGCAUUCUUGAAGCUUCUUCGACAUUGCUGGCUCUGGCCCCAGCUUCACGCCUCACCGACGGCUCCUCGUUCCGCCUGAAUCCCACCAUCUCCCAUUCUCUCGAGAUUUCCCAGUUGAGUGGCACCGCCGUCGCGGCCUCAAACAGACAUCAUGUCGGACGAACAAAUCUCGUUGCCAUUCUUUGCCAUUGUCUUGCUGGUCUCGGGCCUGAUAGUACGGUACCUCUUCUUCUCGGGGCCGCGCCCCGAACGGCCGCCGGCGAGGACAGCAGAGCAGAUAUUCAGAUCUAGAGAGGUGGCAGUACAGAGGAUACAGCAGAUGUUUCCACAGGUCGAGCGCCGGAGCAUUCUGUGGGAUCUCCAACGAAACGGUGGCAACAUUCAGAGCACCACGGAGCGGAUUCUGUCCGGCCGAUUGGAAACGCCGCCUGUUACGUUUCAACCACCUCCUCCUCGAAACCAAACUCCUCCCAGUGGAAGCCCGGGCCCUGCGGCGAAGCAGGCCGAGAAGCCAUCUCAGCCUGACCUGAUUACACGCUACAACCUCAAGAGCAAGAUUAGCGACGAUACUGCUACGGAAGAGAAGAAUGAGGUCGAGGAGGACAAGAAGGGCAAGGGCUGGAGCUCCAACCGUGACGAACGACAGAGUGCUUUGCAGCGGCGAAGGGAUGAGAUGAUCCUGGCGGCGAGACGGAAAAUGGAAGCCAAAAUUGCGGCGGAGAAGGCUGCUCAGGGAUCUUCUUGAAGGAGCUGUGACGGAGGAAAGGCGCGCAGAAACAGCAUGGUGAUUUCGGUCGGGGGGUAAUAUUUUUAUUUUCUACGGAUGCAUGGUUAUGGUGAGGCUUUGCAAGCACUGGCGUUUUUAAAUUAUGUAGAUGGAGGUAGUGUAGGAUAUUUGAUUGCUUCAAGAUGCCUGGUCGAAGCCAGUGUGAGAAUGGUUACAAUGUGCGUAAUAGUUUGUGUGUCUAACACGCAAGGUGGGAUGCUAUCAAGAUAAGUAAAUCCCUUGAAAACAAUGGAAUACUUAUUGUCAGGUGGGCUAUUUGUGCCUACUUGGUACCAUUAGGUAUAGAAUUGAUAACUCAAACAUCGGGAGAGUCGUGUUUGCAUCGGCUUUGUCGCCGAGAGAGAACUUCUAGGGGACAAGACACCGACAGUCCGAUGGAGCAAACCGACUAAAUACACAAUAAGCAAUGGAA